UGCUUGAUCUAAGUCGCACAUGAUCUGAACAAUGCGAAAGCAAGUGUGAAGCACAACAGUUACUUAUCGUUCAACUCUAUUUUUUGAGAGUUUAUAUAACGAAAGCUUAAUAAUGGGAUGAAUUAAAACUCUGUUUGAUAAUUCAUAUAUUUUGUACAGUACUAAAUGAGAAAAUGUGAGGUUCCAAAAUAAAUUAAUAUUUUAUUAGUCUCAUAACGUCUUAGCCCGCAAAUAUUACUUAUUACGUGUCUCGAAACUUAAAAUGACAAGCGUUAAUACUACAAACGGACAUAGUAGGAAUGACGAUCCUUCCAUGACAAUUUUGAUCCCAAGCAACAAUAAUACACAAAUUGUGCAGAGACCAGUGGCACAACCUGUGAAAAAAUUGAAAAAGAAGCGACGUGACAAAAGUGAUUUGGGCGAUGAUUUCGUGGCUCCUGAUGGUGGUUGGGGUUGGCUAGUAGCCGUAUCAGCUGGUGUACAUACGUUAACGACUUUUGCACUAGCUCAGCAGUUUGGCAUAAUAUUUCGAGAGCAUAUGUUAAAAUUAGGCAUCAACAGCUCCCAGUUGACCACAAUUAUUAACACACAAAUCGCAGUAUCUGCAAUAACUGGUCUUCUCAAUGGCCCCAUGUUUCGCAGGUAUACUUUCCGUCAGGUGGCUCUUGUUGGUUCGUUCUUAACAUUCCUAGGAUUAUUUUUUUCAGCAUUUGCUGAUACAUUUAUGCUUUACGUUUUAUCAUUUUCGUUAUGUUAUGGAUUUGGACGUGGCUUGGCUGUGUCAGCCUCAUCCUUAGCGGUAAAUACAUACUUCAAACAAAAACGACGCACAGCAACAGCAUAUCAAUUCGGAGUAGCGGGACUAGGGCCUAUUGUGCUGCCUUAUGUGGCAACUUAUCUACUGCAAUAUUUCGGAGUGCAAGGCACAGUAAUGCUGUUUGCAGGUAUAUCGUUUCACACGAUUGCAUGUUCCUUGAUUUACCAGCCAGUUAGAUGGCAUGUAAAAAAAUCUAAGGAUACAGAAGCCCAACAACCUGUGAAUGAUGCUCAGAAUGAAGAGGAAUCUUUAGAGCAAAUAGCUGAUCCGGAAACACAGGUCAUAACCAGCUGGUAUGGUUCGAGAUCUUCAUUAAACUCAGCGAGUAGAAAUCGUUCAGGAAGUUGGGACAAAACCCGUGAGAAAAUUUUUGAAAUGCAACAAUUAAAUGGUAAGAAACGACAAUUCUCCACAAGCGAAAGUAUUAAAGAGGAAGAAGACCAUGAGUUACGUCACGAUAAUGAACCUCAACAAACAGAACUUACUAUUCUCAAUACGCCUCAAAUAGGGCUUACACCAAAUGAAGAAGAAGUUGAGGAAAAAGAGGAAAAAUUAAGUUUUCUACAAAAAAUUGUAGUUUUCUUCGACUUGGACCUGCUGCGGGAUUUCGGUUAUGUAAAUUUAGCUGUAGGAUUAACGUUAAUAAAUUUUGUGGAAAUCAAUUUUGCUAUUUUGACUCCGUUCAUUCUUUCCGAUUUUGGAUUUGGAGCUAACGAAAUUGCUUUGGCAAUGUCAUUGUUGGGCUUCUUCGAUUUAGUGAUACGUUUCUUGAUUCCACUCAUCACGGCAAGAGUCAGCUACAGUAACAAAACUCUAUUUGCCAUUGGCAUCUUAGGCAUGUGUUUGGGACGUUUUAUUUUAUCUUUUACAAAUGAUUUCUACGUUAUGAUCGCUAUUUUCUGUUGGCUAGGUUUGAACAAAGCCUUCCGUACGGUUUGUUGGUCAUUGAUUAUACCGGGAUAUGUACCUCUUAAGCGCUUACCAGCUGCUGCAGGUUUACAGCUCCUUAUGUCUGGUCUAUUUUCAUUAGCCUGUGGACCACUUAUUGGUCUGAUACGUGACAGCACAAAUUAUGCAUUUACUCUAAAUUUCCUGAACUCGUUGUGUGUUCUUGCCAUUUUGCUCUGGGUCCUAGAAGAUUUUUACAGAAAACAUUUUCAAAAAACUAAACCGAUUGAUGGAGAAUUAAAUUGAGUACCAUAUAAGGUAUUUUUCCAUUGAUGCCGACGCAUUUGUGAUCGCUGUUGACUGUUCAUUUUUUUAGAUAUUGUA